AAAAAACCAACUUUUCUCUCGUUUUCUCAGGUUUUCCGAAAUUUUCUCCGUAAACAAACACUUCACCCCCUAAAUCUUCGUUGUAUCCACAAACUUUUAGAAACCAACUUUUGUUUUUGUUUUCUAAAAACAUUGCAUGAACUUAAAACAACGUUUGCAAAAAAAGAAAAUGAAAAAACCAAUAAGUAAGCAGAGGAGCAGUAGUUUUUGCUUGUGUUUUGAUUCAGUUGUUGUUUUGGAAAACGGUUCGGUGGUUGGUGAAGCAUCAGAGCCCUCGGAAGGUGUCGAACCGGUUGUUUCGCUGGCGGUGAACAUGAGUCCGGUUGAUAAAGACAAAGAUGUUGGCUUUUUUGGUCGGAAAAACAAACUUGGUCGUUGGGGUUUCUCUCGUUAUUUCAAAGCCGUCUUCUUUGAAACUUCCCUGAUGAAGAAAGUUCGAAACAAAAAAUUGGGACAAAAGCUCCACCGGGCUUACAACAAUAUAAAACAUUCCAAACCUAAAUCGAAAUCGAAAUCAACAAAAAACAUUCCAUCAAUGAAUAAUAAUCCAUCCUGUGAAGAUAAUCACUCCACAAGAAGUACUUCUACAUUUUCAUCUACGUCAACGAAUUCAUCAUUAUCAUCAACAACAGCAGCAACAAUAACAGCAACAACAUCAAGGUGUUCAUCGUCAUCAUUGUCUUGUAAUUCAAGGCCUUGUGUAUCCCAAAGUGUCGAAACCAAUGUUCCAAGAAAGUAUUGCUCUGGCUUCAACGUUGGUAAAUGUCUUGUCAGCCUAUUGGUUUUGGUGAUUUGGGGUAAGAUUUGUGCAAUAUUUUGUACUUCAACAUGGCUCUUUUUCACCUGUCGAUCUAUCAAACAUGUUCGAUCAGAAAAUAUUGCAGUUGAUCAUCAUCGUGAUUCUCCUGAGACUGAUACAGAGAUUUACAACAAGAAGAAGAUUAUCAUGGAAGGAUUGCUGGAAAGGGAUCAUAGUCGAAAUCGUUUCCCUUACUGAAACUCUGAAACAAUGAUAAAUAAGAAAGAUCAGCAAAAAGUAUCAGAAACCCAUUUUUUUUCAAUACAUUUUGCAGCUUUUUUGUAUCCUGAAGAUCAGGUUUUUGAUUUGUAAUCUAUAGUUAUCUGACCAAUCAAGUAUUAGAGCUAUUAUUUCAGGAUAUGUAAAUGGGAAAUUGUACAAAUAUAUACGCAAUGUUAUAAAUUUGAGAACAGCUUGAUAGCAUUAUCUACGGAUCAUGUAUCAUUUUGAA